AUGAGACUCGCGGAGCUGCCUCUUGAGUUGGUACUAGCUAUUGCUGAAGCGUUACAGAAUGAACACGAUGUCAAUACCCGUGUCCGAACCUGCCGGCGCUUUCACCAGGCGCUGAACACCUUCCUGUAUCAAUAUAAUGUUCGGCACUCUGGAGGAAGCGGAAUGUAUCGCGCAUCAUUCACCGGUAACGCAUCUGCUGUUGGAAAAUUUCUAGAUCAAGGGGCCGACCUUAACGCCUCACCUUCCGGUGCACCGCUUAUUUCUGCAGCAAUCCGCGGCCAUUAUAAUGUCGUUGAGCUCCUACAAGAUGAAGAGUUAGCAGCACUUUUACUUAACGCAGGGGCGGAUAUAAAUCUGGGUGGUUAUAGUGGUAAUACCCCACUUUCUGAAUUACUAGAACAAGGCAGAAUUGAAACAGUAAAAUGGCUGUUUUAUCAUGGAGCGAAAGUCGAGCUUGAUGACCCGUACGGUGGAACUGCUUUAACGAUUUCUUCAGAAAAUGGAGACGAAGAGAUGAAUACUGAGUUCGCUAAGGUGCUUCUUGAGCGUGGAGCAAAUAUGGAAUGUAGAGACUCAGCCGAAGAUACCCCCCUAUCGAAAGCUACGAGAAUAGGGCUCCUUGAAUCUGCCACUUUGCUUCUUGACCAUGGAGCAAAUGUAGAGACUCGGAAUCAGGAUGAGCAAACCCCGUUAUUUAUAGCGGCGUUCUUUGGGUAUAUGGACCUGGUAACCCCUUUAAUUGAGCGUAGAGCCUCUGUAAAUGUCAAGAGAUAG